CGGCGGGAGGAGGGGGCGCGCGCUUCCCGGAACAGCCCGCGCUGAGGGAAGAGAGGAAGAAAAUAAAACCCGCGGCCGGAGCCAAAGCUGGAGCUGCCGCCGCCGCCGUCUCGGCCGUCUGGAGCUCCCCCACGCGGACGAUGCCCGCGAUGCCCGCGCGGGGCUCGGGGCGGUGAGGCCCGGGGCGCGGGGUAGCUAUGGCGACCGGGAGCGCGGCCCGCGGCGCCGCCUGACAGGUGUGGGGCCCCGGCGGCGGCGGCACGGAGCAGCAUGUACGCCAAGGGGGGCAAGGGCUCGGCCGUGCCCUCCGACAGCCAGGCACGAGAGAAGUUGGCGCUGUACGUGUAUGAGUACCUGCUGCACGUUGGUGCCCAGAAGUCAGCCCAGACCUUUCUGUCCGAGAUCCGAUGGGAGAAGAACAUUACGCUGGGGGAGCCUCCGGGCUUCCUGCAUUCCUGGUGGUGCGUGUUCUGGGACUUGUACUGUGCAGCGCCCGACCGCAGAGAGGCAUGCGAGCACUCGAGUGAAGCCAAGGCCUUCCAGGACUACAGCGCUGCAGCGGCCCCCAGCCCGGUGAUGGGGAGCAUGGCUCCCAAUGAUGCAAUGGCAUCAGGCCCCAUGGCACCCGGCUUCUUCCAGCCCUUCAUGUCACCGCGGUUCCCAGGGGGCCCUCGGCCCACCCUGCGGAUGCCGAGUCAGCCUCCCGUGGGCCUACCCGGCUCCCAGCCCCUCCUCCCUGGCGCCAUGGACCCCUCCCCACGUGCUCAGGGGCAUUCGAGCAUGGGCCCGAUGCAGAGGGUGACGCCUCCACGGGGCAUGCCCAGCGUUGGUCCCCAGAGCUACGGGAGUGGCAUGCGGCCCCCACCCAACUCUCUUGCUGGCCCGGGUUUGCCCACCAUGAACAUGGGACCCGGCGUGCGUGGCCCAUGGGCCAGCCCCAGUGGCAACUCGAUCCCCUACUCCUCCUCCUCUCCUGGCAGCUACACGGGACCCCCAGGAGGAGGUGGGCCCCCUGGAACACCCAUCAUGCCCAGCCCUGGAGACUCCACCAACUCCAGUGAGAACAUGUACACCAUCAUGAACCCCAUCGGGCCAGGCGCCGGCAGGGCUAAUUUCCCGCUUGGCCCUGGUCCGGAGGCCCCCAUGGCCGCCAUGAGUGCGAUGGAGCCUCACCAUGUAAACGGAUCCCUGGGCUCGGGCGAUCUGGACGGGUUGCCGAAGAGCUCCCCCGGCGCCGUGGCCGGCCUGAGCAACACCCCGGGCACCCCGCGGGACGACGGCGAGAUGGCGGCCGCCGGGACCUUCCUGCACCCGUUCCCGAGCGAAAGCUACUCCCCCGGGAUGACCAUGAGCGUGUGAUGGGGCCGCAGCCCCUUGCCCACUGCCGACCUCGGCUUCUGCCCAGCGCCCCUGCCCGGGGCCAAGGUCCAGGGGCUCGGGUGGUCUGCAGGGUGAGGGUCUGAGGUCACACCGCGGGCAACUGGACUCCCGGUCAAGGCUUGGAUGGCUGGGAGGCCCCGCGCAAAGGACUCAUUCAUUUUAUAAAAAACACAAGGACCUCAGAGACGUUUUUUCCUGUAUGGGCCCUUCCCGCCAUUUCUGUUUGUCCAGGGGGCUCCUUGGGGGACUUCCUUUCCCCUGGAGAGCAGGGGUGGGCCCCAUCAAUAAACAUAACUCGAUUUUGGU